AUGGCUCCUCCCGCCCAUUCUCCCGCACAGGCGCAAUUUCAUCGCUUUCGCUUGAACGAGUUCCAACGCGCCGGCACUCCGCCGUCGGGCAGUCCCGCCGGGCAGUGCUCUCGCUUUCGCGUCUCCGAUUUUAUCCCUUAUCCCUCGGCUUCGGCCCCGGGCGGCAGCGCGGACGGGCAACAGCAACCUCAGCAACAACAUCAGCUUACGCAACAACACCACCAACAACAGCAACAGCAUCACCAGCAACAGCAGCAGUCACACAUUAACGGUGUUGCACAAUCACCACAGCAACAACAGCAACAGGGCACGGGAACAAAUAUAUCCGCGUCGCCGCGGAUACAACCGAGACAACAGCAGCAGCCUCCCGGUGCCGGCGGCGGCAGCGGUGGGAGUUAUUCGGUGUUGCAUAUGGACAUCGACGCAGCACCACCGGCACAGCAGACCAGCACUAUGGUCGCAAGUCUCAGUGGGAGAGGGAUACUACAGAAGGUUCCGGUGAGGCCACCAUCCGCAGCAAAUCUCCAAUCGCCUAUGAACGGUCAACAGCCACGUCCGAUCGUCCCCGCACCGACGCCCAUGUCGGCUGUACCGCCUCCGGUCGUCAAAUUCGACCCAUCACAGUACCCCGAAGAUGUUCGGUGGGAGCUCGCGCGCGUCGUCGCUAACAUUCAAACGAACCCUGCUGGUUUCGCCGGCCUAGUGGUGAACGCACUUCUAACCGCUCCCUCGUUUCAAGACAACAGCCUCCUACGGCAUAUCGGUGCUCUUUACCCCCAGCUGCCUCCGCCGGCGACGACACAACCAGAAGUCGAUCCGGAGAAGCCGGUAAAGCGAAAGCGUGGAAGGCCGCCCACCAAGAAUAAACCGCCGCCAACGCCCACGCCGACGCCAACUGCUACCGCCGCCGCACAACCAGGGGGCUCGCAGAACUCUAUGUCCGCUCCAUUGAUUACGGUGAUACCCUCUCGCAAGGACAAGGAUACGAUGCAGACGUGCACUCGGUGCCUUAAGGCCUUCAACCCCGCCUGGCGACCCACACCUGCGUCCGAUCCGUCAUCCGAAGCGACAUGUGCCGUGCGACAUCCCUACCCCGACUUUGCUUCGGGGCUUGUGGUCAGCCUGCCGGCGCGCAAGCGAAACAACUACAAGACCACCUGGCGAUGGCGAUGCUGUGGCCGUGAGAUCCAGAGCGCUAGUGACGAGCUGCUCAUGUGGCCCAGAAAGGAAGACGACAAAACGGGCGGUUGGUGCUUCGUGGGAAAGCAUACGACCGAGGUUGGGGUUCGGGAAAAGUUUGGGCUCAAGCCUGGCAAGGGAAAGACGAUCGAUGAGGUGGCCGACAUUUCGGACACCGCCGAGGUCAUGCGGAAGAAGGCGAAGCUCGAAGAUGGUAAUGGCGCCACUGUUGCUGCUGCCGCCGUAAAUGGGAACGCUAUGGCUGCACCUGCGACCUCGAGUCCCACGAUGACUAGGACACGUACUAUCGAGCAAACGCAGCUCCAACAGCAUGUCCAGCAAUGGCCGCAGGCGCCACCGCCGGAACCGUCCCCGGUGCAGUCCGAGCCGACACCACCCGAGGAACCGGUCAAGCGUAAGCGUGGCCGACCCAAGGGCUCGAAAUCGAAGAACAAGCUCGCUGGACUGGGUCUCACGCCGACUGCUGGAACGUCGUCGAGCGCUACGGCACAGACGUCGCCAGGUUCUCAGCUUCUCGCGGAAGCCUCGCAGAAGCAACAUACCAGCGAUAUGCACGGUGGCGCGGCGGGUAACAACCACCUCUGGUCACUCUACGGCGACCAUAACAUGCCCGACCUUGCCGACGGCGAUGCUGAGCACGAGGAGGACGAUGUCCAGCACGUGGAUGCGAUGGGAAUGAGCCAGGCGGAGCUGGGGAUGCUGGUCCACGCGACAGCAGCAAUGGGCGGUCAAAGCACGAACAUGACGCCGCAGACAUCGACCGAGUCGGCGACCCCCGUAAAGAGGGGAAGAGGACGGCCGAAGGGAGUCAAGAAUGGUGCUGGAAAGGCUGCGCUCGAGAAGAGGCGUCUAGAAGAGGAGGCGGCUCGGCAACAGCAGCAGCAACAACAACAGCAGCAACAGCAACAGCAGCAACAACAGCAACAGCAGCAACAACAGCAACAACAGCAGCAACAGCAGCAACAACAACACCAGCAGCAGCAACACCAACGCCAGCAGCAGCAACACCAACAACACCAGCAGCAGCAACACCACCAGCAGCAGCAACACCAUCAGCACCAACAGCAACAGCAGCACCGCCAGGAGGAUAACGAUCUUCAGUCAGAUCCUGUGGUUGUUCCUGCCGGCGCCGGAGGAGGGUGGUUUCCGGGCGACGAUCCACCGUGGACUGGGAUUUUGUAA